UUUUUCACCAUCAAAUCAGGUCUGUAACGAAAAAAUAAGAAUAAAUUUAUACGAAGAAACAGAGAAGUAUAGAAAAGGAGAGAAAGACGAAGAAAGAAGGGAGAAGGAUAGUUUUUCUCUUUUAUUGAAUAAAGACCCGAACAAAGCGUUCUUUUAAAAAGUGGUGAAUUACCUUGUGAACCGGUUGAAGUUAAAGGAUACGACUUUGAAAACGGAUUAGACUAUUCUCAACUAUUGAAAAGUUUUAGAACAACUGGAUUUCAAGCAACAAACUUCGGAAUGGCUAUCGAAGAAAUAGAACGAAUGAUAGAUUGUAAACGGCAGCCGCUAUCCAAGGCAGAUCAAGAAUGCCCUAAUCUAAACCCAGUAGGAAGAGAGAAAACAAAUUGUACUAUUUUUCUCGGCUAUACGUCCAAUUUAAUCUCAUCAGGCGUUCGAGAUACUAUACGUUUUCUGGCUAAAAAUAAUUUGGUUGAUUGCAUAGUUACAACUGCUGGUGGAAUUGAAGAAGACUUUGUUAAGUGUCUCGCACCUACUUACUUGGGAGAUUUUAAUAAAUUUCCAGGGCAAAUGCUAAGAGAUAGAGGAAUAAAUCGAAUUGGUAAUUUACUAGUACCAAAUGAUAACUAUUGUUAUUUCGAGGAAUGGAUUAUGCCUAUUUUUGAUAAAAUGCUUAAAGAGCAAAAUGAAGAGGGAACUGUUUGGACUCCAUCAAAGGUUAUUGCUCGCCUAGGUCACGAGAUUGAUAACCCAGAUAGUGUUUAUUAUUGGUGCGCUAAGAAUAAUAUUCCUGUAUUUUCUCCGGCGUUAACUGAUGGAUCUAUUGGCGAUAUGCUCUUCUUUCAUUCUAUUAAAAAUCCUGGGCUAAAAAUAGACCUUGUUGAAGACAUUAGAAGAAUGAAUUUUCAAGCAUUGUACGCAAUUAACACUGGUAUGAUUAUCGUAGGAGGCGGCCUUAUGAAGCAUCAUAUAUGCAACGCAAAUUUAAUGAGAAAUGGAGCUAAUUUUUCCGUAUUUAUAAACACCGCUCAAGAAUUCGAUGGAAGUGAUUCCGGUGCCCGACCAGACGAAGCAAUAUCUUGGGGAAAGAUACGAAAAGACGCAAAACCCGUUAAAGUAUACGGUGAAGCAACAUUAAUCCUACCAUUAUUAGUUGCGGAAACAUUUUAUAAAUCUCACGAAAAUACUAAGAAUACAAAAUAA